AUGAGGAUCCUUUUUGGAAGUCUUUGUUUCUGCUUCAUUUCUUUCUUACUCAGCAGAGCAAAUGGAUUCCUAACUCUGAGAACACCUACAGCCUAUACCUUCCCUGUUUAUAACUACUCCUAUUUAAACCUCUCUUCUGUGGCAGAAGCACAAGCUCCAAAAACAGCUAGAGCUCUCAAUUUCUCACAUAACGUCAUUGAGAAAAUAACCAAGAGGGACUUGGAAGGUUUUGAUGUGCUGGAAGUUUUAGAUCUUUCCUACAACCAGAUUAAGGAGGUGGAACCUGGUGUGUUUGAGAGCCUGCCCAGCCUUGUUUCUGUGAAUUUAUCAUUCAAUGAUGAGAAGCUUCUUGUCUCAACCCUGGCGCCCCCCCUGAAGCUCUUACCCGCUGGCAAAGCCUCAGGGUCUCUGCAGCUUUCUGAGGACUCUGGCACACCCUCGGGGGCUGCUCUGGGGCACGCUGCCUCUGCAGAGGGAGGUCCCUCUGUCCUGCAAGACUUGAGCCCGCGGCAGGGGCGGAGCACAGAGAAUCUUCUCCGGAGAGCAGAGCCCCAGGGAACAGCCUCUCCACCAGCCACCCCCAAGCGGGACCUCUGCGGGGCGCCGGCCGACGGGACGCUCGACCUGUCCCACAGCCAGCUCUCUGAGGAAGACCUCAACCUCAAACUGGAUCCCAAACUCUGCCAGGCUCAGCUGCAUGGAAUUCUGCACCUUAACAUCAGUCACAGUGGCCUGGAAAUGGACCUUCUGUCGCUGUUUAUCCUGUUCCUGCCCAUGGAAAACGUGCAGUCCGUUGAUGCCAGUUACAACAAGAUAACAAUUAACAUGGAGAAUGUUGAUCCGAUCUGCAAGUUCCCCUUCAAAAACCUCCUGUUUUUAAACAUCAGCAACAACCCCAUAAACAGCUUGGACACGCUGUGUCUCCCUUCGACCAUCAAGGUAAUCGACUUGUCCUUCACCAACAUAAGUCAAAUACCCCAAAAUUUUGCUACGAAAUUGUUUAACUUGGAAAACAUGUACGUGCAAGGCAAUCACUUCAUCUACACUGUACGGCCCCCAGAGGUUAACGAGGCCCCGAGGCCCCCCCCCGGGACCGUCCGCAUUAACGCCAUCUCCUUUGUCAGGAACCAGGCUGGCACGCCCAUCGAGAGCCUCCCCAAGAAAGUGAGACACCUCAAAAUGUCCAACUGCUCCAUCGUGGAACUGCCAGAGUGGUUUGCUGGCACAAUGCAAGAGUUGUUGUUUCUGGAUCUCGGCAGCAACCGCAUUUCUGUGCUUCCUGACUUACCCCCCUCCCUGCAGCACCUCGAUAUAAGCAACAGUGACAUUAAAAUAAUACCCCCUCGUUUUAAAUCUGUCUCCAACUUAACCAUCUUUAGCAUUCAGAACAACAAAAUCACAGACAUGCAUCCUGAGCACUUCCCUCUGACUUUAACCAAGUGUGACAUCAGUAAAAACAGGUUGAACGUGCUGCUGUUAACGGAUGCCCUGGAGAAACUGGAGUAUCUCAACGUCUCCAGAAACCUCAUCACCAGGCUGGAGGCCAGCAGCCACCUCUCUGCGCUCGCCAACCUGGACAGCAGCCACAACCUCAUUUCAGAGCUCCCCGAUCACUUUGGGAAGGCUCUCCCAGUGCUGAAACACUUCAAUUUGUCGGGGAAUAAGAUCUCCUUCCUCCAGCGGGGCUGUCUCCCAGCUUCUCUGGUGGAGCUGGACAUCAGCGACAACGCCAUUACCACCAUAGUGGAGGACACUUUUGGCCAGUUAACCAGCCUGAGCGUUCUGACUGCUCAAGGGAAACAUUUCUUUUGUAACUGCGACCUGUACUGGUUCGUGAACGUCUACAUGCGCAGCCCCCGGCUGCGGAUCAGGGGCAAGGGCGCCCUCAGGUGCAGCUUUCCCCCCGAGAGGAGGGGCUCCCUGGUGGAGAGCAGCAACCUCACGCUGCUGCGCUGCUCCCUGGGUGCCCAGAUGGCCGUCACGGCCUGCGUGGCCGUGCUGGUGGCAACGGGGGUGACGGGCCUGUGCUGGCGCCUGGACGGGCUGUGGUACGUGAGGAUGGGCUGGUACUGGUGCAUGGCCAAGAGGAAGCAGUACGAGAAGCGGCCCGAGAACAAGCCCUUCGACGCCUUCGUCUCCUACAGCGAGCACGACGCCGAGUGGACCAAAGAGAAUCUGCUUCAGAGGCUGGAAAUGGACGGAUUUAAGAUCUGUUACCACGAGAGGGAUUUCAAACCGGGGCAUCCUGUGCUCGGGAACAUCUUUUACUGCAUUGAGAACAGCCACAAGGUCCUUUUUGUUCUCUCUCCCAGCUUCGUGAACAGCUGCUGGUGUCAGUACGAGCUCUAUUUUGCAGAACACCGGGUCCUGAACGAAAAUCAGGAUUCCCUCAUCAUGAUUGUGCUGGAAGACCUCCCGCCCAACAGCGUGCCACAGAAGUUCAGCAAACUCAGGAAGCUGCUGAAAAGGAAAACCUACUUAAAGUGGAGCCCUGAGGAACACAAACAGAAAAUGUUCUGGCGCCAGCUGGAAGCUGUCUUGAAAACAACCAACGAGCCCCUUGUGAGAGCAGAAAACGGGUCUGCUCAGGAUAUCUAUGAGAUGCAGUGA